UAAGUUGUCAACAGUGCCGACAACACGCUCCCGCCGCAGGUGACUCAGAAAAUGACAACAAUUUUGUACGCCGAACCCGAGCUGAUCCUUGCGCAAGGUCACAAGGUGCUCUUCCUGAAUCCCAAUGAUUUGCAAAUAUUUAAGGAAAUCGAAUUACCCACAGACCUAACCACGUGUGGCUUAAAAAUCGCAGCGCCCGAAGCAAAUGAAGAGCAACAACAACAGUCAGUGGAAGGGGAAAAGGAAGCGGGAGCGGGUAAAGGCGAGGUAAAAGGAACAACGGCAAGUGGAAGUGUGGAGGUGUCUAUAUUAAAUGUAAGCUACUCGCCAGAUCGACAACUGAUUGCACUGACCACAGCUGGCCAAAAGGCGUUGUUGCUGUACCAGAGUCGACCGGAGAAUGCGAAACUUCUCUCCGUGCGAUCUUUAAGUCGCGCCUCCAGUGCACUGACCUUUGCGCCGGACUCCAGCUCUGUGCUGGUCACGGACAAGACCGGCGAUUGCUAUCAGUACGAUUGCGUGGAUGUGGAGGCGACGCCACGCCUUCUAUUGGGGCAUUUGAGCAUUGUGUACGACAUUUUAUGGACGCCAGAUCGCAAGCAUAUCAUAACCUGCGAUCGCGAUGACAAGAUACGGGUGACCAACUAUCCAGAGACCUAUGACAUACACAGCUAUUGCCUGGGUCACAAGGAGUUCGUCUCCGGUCUGGCUUUGUUGUCCGGCGAGCAUUUGGUAUCCGUAUCCGGUGACAAGACGCUGCGCGUCUGGAAUUACGUGUCCGGCAAGCAGCUGCUGCAAAAGGAUCUACCCGCUCCGGCUGUGCGUCUGCAGCUGCGUGAACUUGUGCCCGACAAGCGUUAUCAGUUGGCCGUUCUCUUCUACGAUCACAUCGAGGCCAUUGGUCUCUACGAACUGGCGCUGGAGGAUACCUGGACUGUGGCACGGGAGCAGCUGGUCCGCGCCGAGGCGGGUAACUGGAACAUCAGCAACUUUACGCUGACGGAGCAAAGGAUUUAUGUGGCAGGCGCCUUGGAUGAUAAACUAAUGCUGCGCGUCUACAACAGUAGCGAUGGCAAGGAGGACAACUCGGUGCCUGCUGGCUGGCUGGAAAUGGUCCUGGAGCAGUUUGCCGACCAGGCGUGUGUGCCCGAGGAUCUGUCCGUGUGGUUCAAGAAGCGCUACGACAACGUCAGCGACUACAUGGAGCGCAAGAAGCGUCGCAUCGAGGAUCACAAGCAGCCCAAAUGAUGACCAGAUAACCAGAUGACCAUUUCACAGAUUUUCAUUUAACUUAAGUCUAAGCAUGUUUUGUAAUACACGAGAAUAAAUGUUGACAAUA